CCCAAUACCUUUAUUCUUCAUAUAUUCUCACAUUUUCUCUCUCUUAUAUUCUGCUCUCUAAUCAUCUUUCAUUAGAGAAAAUAAUUCUUUACAAAAUGGAGGAAGUUGAGAUACCUCAAUAUUUCUUAUGUCCAAUAUCCCUUCAAAUCAUGAAAGAUCCAGUCACGGUGGUGACAGGCAUCACGUACGACCGGGAAAGCAUCACGCAGUGGUUGUUGGCGGCGGCGGAGGAACCGAGUUGCCCGGUCACAAAGCAGCCUUUGGCGGCGCGUGACGCCGCCGCCGGCGAGUUAACCCCCAACCACACGCUCCGCCGCCUCAUCCAAUCUUGGUGCAUUGCCAAUUCCCACAAAGGAAUCGAUCUUCUCCCCACUCCCAAAUCCCCUCUCACUAAAUCUCGUGUCCACCGGCUUAUCCGCGACUUGAAUAACCCCAAAACGUUCAUGAAAUCUUUGAACCAAUUGGAGGAGCUCGCGGAGGAGGAGAAGAACCGGAAGUGUAUUGAGGAAGCUGGCGUGGCAAAAUCUAUGGUUCUGUUCGUAGUUAAAAGGUUUAAGGAAGGAGAAGUAAUCUUAGCAGGCCUCGAACAGGCUUUGAGGAUCUUUUGUCUUGUUUGGACCCCGUCCGAGGAAAACAAGUCAAUAGUGAACCAAAACCAUAGCGGUCUUAUUCCACUUAUAUUACAAAUUAUGAAAACAAAAACAGAACUUGAUCAUCUCAAAAUCCAAGCAAUGGCGGCCUUGAAAGCAAUCACAGAAGUUUCCAAUUCCAGUUCCCUGGAGGGACUAACCCAACAAUUCUUCUCCAAAAUUGUGAGUCUCAUCACUCAACAAACCACAAUACAAAAACAGGCUCUUCAUGUCCUCAUACACGCCUCCCAAUUGGGUAAAAACAGGCUAAAGAUCAUCGAAUCGGGGGCGAUUUUCGACCUGAUUGAGCUGGAAUUAAGCGGCCCUGGAAAGAGGAUUAGCGAGCUGGCAUUUUGCCUGUUGGCUAAUCUGUGCUCUCUAGCCGAGGGGAGACAGGAGUUGUUGAAACACGCGGGGGGUAUAGCCGUGGUGUCCAAACGGGUGCUGAAUGUUUCUCCGGCGACGGAUAACUGGGCGGUGCAGAUUCUGGCGGUGAUUUCGAGAUGUUCGGGAACGAAAGAUGUGGUUCUGGAGAUGUUGAGGGUGGGGGCUGUGUCAAAGCUUUGCAUGGUUCUUCAAGCUGAUUGUGAAGUGCGUUUGAAGAAGAAGGCAAGGGAGAUAUUGAGGGCGCACUCUAGUGUUUGGAGUGACUCUCCUUGUAUACAAGAGAAAUAUGAUGGGACAAUUGAGGGACUAAAUAGACCGUUUUCUAAUACAAAUGUAUUUGUUUACGUGCAUCGAAGAUAGCUAAUAUUUUUAUCUUA